GCCGCAGCAGCGCCAAGUAUGUAAAGUCGACGCCAUCCCACCACCCCUUCCACCUCUUACUCCCCCUCCCUUUUCCUUCGCUUGCUACAUCCCCCGAUAUCUCUGCCCCCUUUUAUGGUGUCUGUUAACGCCAAGGUAGCCCAAGGCGGCGGCGGACGAGAAGCAGCAGCGUCGUCGGUGGUCUUCUUCCCCCACGACCUCCCGGGCCUCUCCUCCAUGGCCCUCCCUGGCGCGGCCGGCCUCCUGACCCCCGCAGCUGCCGCUGCGGAGGACCCCAGCAAGAAGGUCCGGAAGCCCUACACCAUCACCAAGUCCCGCGAGAGCUGGACCGAGCAGGAGCACGACAAGUUCCUCGAAGCCCUCCAACUUUUUGACCGUGACUGGAAAAAGAUAGAAGCAUUUGUUGGCUCAAAGACCGUCAUCCAGAUAAGGAGCCAUGCACAGAAGUACUUUUUGAAGGUUCAGAAGACUGGUACAAGUGAACAUGUACCUCCACCUCGGCCUAAGCGAAAAGCAUCUCAUCCAUAUCCACAGAAAGCACCUAAAAAUGCUUCACAGAUAUCUCAAGGCGCUACUCCACUCCAGACUUCCUGUUUGCUUGAACCAGGCUAUACUUUUGCAAUAGAUACAUCUUCCACGCCCAGAAGCUCUACUGCAAAUGGGCCAAUGCCUUCUGGAGUUCACAAAUUGCAUCCUGUCAGUACAUCUCAUCUGACAACAGGUGGCGCAGGACCUUCUGGAGCAUUGGCGGUAAACAAUUGCUGCUCUAGCAGCACGAUAAGUCGGACAACCUGGCCUAAUUGUGAUUUGGCUGAUCAAGAAAAUCAUGUCACAACUCUUCGUGUUAUGCCAGACUUUGCUCAGGUGUACAGCUUUCUUGGAAGUGUCUUUGAUCCUAGCACUACUGGUCACCUGCAAAGACUGAAAGAGAUGGAUCCCAUUGAUGUUGAAACAGUGUUGUUGUUGAUGAGGAACUUAUCUAUCAACUUGAAUAGCCCCGACUUUGAAGCCCAUAGAAGGGUACUCUCAUCAUGCAAUGAUGACAACGAGGAGGAUGCGAAAUCUGGUAUUGCUAAUAACAUAUCUAGAACUAGUGAAACUGUUGCUCCAUUUAUGGUUAAAGGUGAAUGAAUGUUAAUUGUGCGUUGUACUUGAGUA